GAUGUGAGUCGGACGCGAGCCAUCCUUUCCAAGAGCUCGCGCCACGAGCCGCGGCAUUGCUACCGCGAAUUUGGGCCAAGCGCAAACACCCCUCCCUCGCCCACUUACGUGUUUUGCAUAUCGCUGUCUUUGUCUCACAGUUCGCAAGUCCUUUAUGUAAUAAGUUCAAUGUUUACAUUGUGAUUGUAAUCAGGUGAUGAAUGAAAACAUUAGUUUCGAUAGCGAUCUCGUGUUCAGCGUAACGUCGGCGUGGAUAUUAUGGGCUUAAAAGUCGCCUGUAGGUGACUAGACUACAAUGCCGGUACUACACAACGCUGAUAAUCCUGCGUCCAAAGUUACUGACUCGACUGUAGCGCGGUAUGGUGUCGCCGUGCUGGGCUCGUGGGCGGCGGAGGCAGCGACAUACCCGUUCGACUUGACCAAGACGAGGCUGCAGAUACAAUCGGAGGUGGCCGCCGCCAAGCAUGGUUUCAAGUUGGAAAACCAUGGCAUGAUAAAGACAGCAGUGGGCAUCGCGCGACAGGAGGGCGUGUUGAAGUUAUGGAGCGGCCUGAUGCCGAUGUUCCAACGGCACGCGAUCUACUCCGGCUGCCGGCUUAUAUUCUACGAGCAUUUUAGGAACAUGUUCAAGGAUGAACAUGGGAAGGUGUCGCUCGGAAUCGCUUCUUUGGGCGGACUGGCGGCGGGCUCAUUGGCGCAGUUUAUCGCGUCUCCCACUGACCUCGUGAAGGUUCAGAUGCAGGCUGAAGGAAGGAACAUUCUGCAGGGCAAGGCGCCCAGGUUCGCCAACUGCAGACAGGCGUACGCCAUGCUGUAUGCUGAGAGUGGGAUUUUAGGGUUUUGGAGGGGCGCCGUACCAAAUGUCCAACGAGCAGCUCUCGUCAACAUGGGAGACUUAGCAGCAUACGACUACACCAAGCAGUACUUGAUGAAAGAGUUCGGCAUGGCGGACAACGCCUUGGUCCACGCAGCCGCCGCGUUCACUGCGGGAUUCGUGGCUGCUGUUUUAGGAACUCCUGCUGACGUGAUGAAGACCAGGCUCAUGAACCAGCCUGUUGGACCUGAUGGGAGGGGUACAUUGUAUCGCGGCAUGAUAGAUUGCCUCCAACAAUCCGUGAAAAACGAAGGGGUGUUGUCAUUGUACAAAGGAUUUUUGCCGUUGUGGAUGCGCCUCGGGCCGUGGGCUCUGAUCAACUGGAUAGCGUUUGAAAACAUAAUGUUGGCGAUCGGAGGGAAGACUUUUUAGCACUACGUAGACCAUUACACUGCCGUCCGGAAUUAAAUGCUGUCUGAGCAUAGAUUAAAAAUGGCUUCUGUGAUGCACAUUAUCUGUCAUGCAGCAAUUUGUUUUUAGCAAGUAUUUUAUAGCCCAUGCUUGUGAGGUGCGCGUUCAACGCGUGCUUCCAUCUGUCAACACGUUCGUUUGUCGCCUUUCACAAUAUUGUGUACAGGACCAUGGUCAAUUGUUUAUUUGCGCUAAAAUAAUUUAUUUAUGUUGACAUAAAAUAGUGGGAAUUAAUUUAUGGGAAUUCGUUGAACGAAUUGAUGAUCAUCAAGUUAUUUAUAUUUUUAAGAUUUAAUUUUCGGAUAUAAUCUGUACAUAGCGAAUAUGAGAUCUAUUGGCUAAAAUAGCUAAGAUUAUUCAUGGGCGUAGCUAGAAUAAUAAAGGGUGGCUUGUGUCUGACACAAAUAAAGCGACUUCUAUGUCAUUAUGCAGAUUUGAUAAAUCUCAGGUCCUCAAUAUCCUGAGGGUGCGUAUCCCUCAAUUCUAGGAUAACCAUGGUUCUAGCUUCAAAGCUUGGUCCUUUGGUUGGUUACAUACUUAUGUAUAUAAACGAAACUAUUUUUAUUUUAAUGUUUGACUCACAAGUGUGUAAAGAAAAAAAAAAUCGAUCGAUGACUAAACGACCAAAAUUAAGGUAUCUAAUAUUUUUAUUUAUUUCUAUUUAUUAUUAAGGUCAUCGUGCAAUGAAUAAUGAUUAACCAACCGUAAUCAAGAAUUUUAUUUUUCUAAGUAGCGAAAUAUUAAAAUAAGGCUUUAUGGCAACUAAUAAGAGGUAAGCGCACAUAUAUAAAAAUACAAUUAUGUAUAAUGAUGUUGCUUCUAACUAUGGUUUCUUCUGGGUUCCUAGGUAAUGGAAAUCGUCAAGUCUUGAAGGCUUAUUUUCUUAUGACCGAUUUCUAUAAUAUAAACGUUCUUCAUGACUACUGUCGGAUCCAUGGACCAAUCAGGAGAAAAAUUGGUAGAUACCAUUACAAAUGAGUUAUUUUUAUGGGUUACUAGUUGACCCUACAGACGUUGUCCUGUCUUAACUAUGUAUGCACGCGCGCAUUCUGUCGAUCGCUGACAGUUAUUUCAAACCAUUGACAAUUAUGUAAAAUUAAUAUAGUCGUUAAGUUUUCUUAAUUUUUUAAUUUUCCGUGCAAUUUUUUGUUUUUUUUCUUUCAUAAGAAUCUUCUCCUGACAACAAACACAACAAAAA